UCCUUAUUUAAAUCCCUUCCUUUCCUCCACUUCACUCUUUCUCUCCCUUUCCCCCCACUUUCCUUUGGUCUUUCGUUAAAGGAAAAAAAAAAGUUCUUUUUUUCCCUUACAUUGUUUGAUCACUCUGGUUCUGAUUAAAGAAAAAGAUGGAGUAUGAAGAUCAGAUCAAUCGGGGCAUUGAUUCAAAAUAUGAAUGUCUUUUAUUUGAUUUAGAUGACACUCUUUACCCUCUGACUUCUGGAUUAUCCAGGGAAGUUACCAAGAACAUUCAAGAAUAUAUGAUUAAAAAACUUGAAAUGAAGGAGGAAAAAGUUCCUGAAUUAUGUGUUUCUUUAUACAAGCAAUAUGGCACAACAAUGGCUGGUUUAAAGGCUAUUGGCUACAACUUCGAUUACAAUGAAUUUCAUGACUUUGUUCAUGGGAGAUUGCCUUAUGAAUUGCUAAAACCAGACCCUUUUUUGAAGACUCUCUUGCAUAGCCUGCCUAUUCGGAAAGUUAUUUUCACGAAUGCGGAUAAGAACCAUGCUGACAUAGUGCUUAGAAGGUUGGGAUUGGAGGAUUGUUUUGAAGGGAUUAUAUGCUUUGAGACCCUGAAUCCCACAAACGAAGAUGAUUUUUCAGCUGAUGAUUCUAACACCGAAAUUUUCGACUACUAUACAUGCAUUACUUGUCCUGAUUCCCAGCUUGAACUUCCAAGUCCUAAAGUUGUGUGCAAACCACUUGAAAAAGCGUAUGAACAAGUUUUUGAGAUGGCCAACAUCAACCCCCAGAAAACGUUGUUCUUUGAUGACAGCAUCCGAAAUAUUCGGACUGGUAAAAGUAUGGGCCUUCAUACCGUAUGGGUGGGAACUUCUCAACAAACUGACAGUGCGGAUUAUGCAUUAGAGAGCAUUCACAAUAUCAGGCAAGCAUUGCCAGAGCUUUGGGAAGCAGCAGAUGAGAAGGUUGACAACAUUCUGCAUUCCAGGGAGGUACCUGUCGAGACAACAGUUAUAGCUUAGCUUUAGCUCUUAUGUUAUAAAUCUAUAUUUGGUGUGUUUCACCACUCUUUUGUAACAUGUAGAGUGGGGUCGUAAUAGUUACGAUAUUUGAACUUUUUAUUAGAACACUUGUAUUUCGAUUGAAAUAAGAUUUGAUCUUUAAAUAUAUGAAAACAUUGUUCUAGGAAA